CUGAAUAUGUUCUUGUUCUAAACAGAAAUAAACCGAAGCAAGUCUGAUCUCUUCGACUCUUCAUUCCACGACUGUUACAUCUGGUGCCGUGACCCGGAUCCAUUGGUUAGCCGCUGCCGACCGCCGAGGGUUCAGCUGUGUGCCAGUGACGCUGAUGUCAUCAAGUUGGUCGGCCUGUGGAUCCUGCUCAUUGUUGUUGAGUCGACCGACUCCAUGUCAAGUAUGUGGCAACAGUAACCACUCUACACGGACACACUGCAUGAGAGAGAGAAGAUGCCUGGCCUGUCUCGAGAUUGGACAUCAGCGAAGAAGCUGUCCAAAAUUCCCUAACACUCAGCGAGUUGGAGGCUCUAUUGACCAGGGAAACUAAACCACUCACACCUGAGAGGGCACUGUGUGAGUGAGUAUGAUGAGUCCCUCACCCCAACAGAAGACAUAAAGGUUGUGUAUACAGAAAGUUUGAAAUCUGCUCCAGCCAACACCCAUGUGUUGUUUCAAAACAUAUCCAGACUAGAAAAGGCUGACAGCCUCUUUUACACUGAUGCACAGGUUGGGGAUAAAGUGUCAUUGCAAGCUCUUUUAGACACUGGCUCCAUGGCCUGCACUAUCAGCGUAGAAGCUGAGCAACUUCUUGAGAAUGCAGGGCUUACAUCCCAGCCUGAUUGUGAUCGUAAUGACAUUAUUCUUGUAGGCUGUGGAGGAGUUCAAGUAAAGCCCAAAUGCAUCCAUGAUUUAAAAGUGGAAGUAUAUGGAUGUUCAUUUAUUGUUCCAGCUUUAGUGGUGCCUGGGCAGAAAGAUCAGCUGAUUUUGGGCACAAAUGUCAUCAAACACCUCCUAAACCAGUUCAAACAUUCUCCUCACUUUUGGCAAGUUAUGAGUAAACCAGAGUCUGCCCAAACACCAGAAGUCAUAAAGUUUCUUAGUAUGCUGUCUGGCACUGAAAGAUGGAGAGGUGAUGUGAUCCCAGAUUUUAUUGGGACAGCUGAACUGGUGCAGGCAGUCACUCUUCUCCCAAAGCAAGAACAUUUGAUUUGGAGCAGACUCCCUAAAAACUCGCCUCUCUCCGAGGGCAGUGCCAUUCUAGUUGAACCAUCACCCAAAACACAGAUGCAUAAAAAAGACAUUAUUGUCUGUAGAUCAGUGUCCUCCAUGAAUGGUGAUAGGUGGGUCCCAGUGCGCAUUCUAAACACCUCUGAUAAGGCCAUCAUAUUAAAACGCCAUACCAAAGUAGCGGAGGUGUCCACCUGUAUAGCCUUUGAAGAUAUGGAUGUGAUCCCUGAGCAGGUGCUAGAUAAAAAAUUCAGUACCAACAAUCAGACAGUGAAAGAUGACAAAACAAUCAGCUCAGAUUCUCUCUGCACCAGCUUCCGUGACACUCUGAGUAACUUGGGGUUAGAAGAUCUGGACAUUGACUCUUGUGAGGUGGGUGAUUACUGGAAGUCAAAACUGUUGCAGUUGGUCCAGAAAUAUGAAGGCAUUUUUUCAAGAAGCAAACUUGAUUGUGGGCUGGCCAAAGAUUUUGUCCACCGCAUCCGCCUCUCAGAUAAUCGACCAUUUAGGCUUCCAUAUCGACGUGUUCCACCAGGGCAGUACCACAAGCUGCGACAAGUUCUCACAGAGAUGGAAGAACGGGAAAUCAUUCGCAAAUCUAACAGUGAGUGGGCGUCUCCUGUCGUGCUGGUCUGGAAGAGGAAUGGAGAUCUUAGGAUCUGUGUGGACUAUCGUUGGCUAAAUGCUCGUACAGUUAAGGACGCUCACCCGUUGCCACACCAGUCAGACUGUUUGACGGCUUUGGGUGGCAGUGCCAUAUUCUGUGCCAUGGACCUCACUUCUGGUUUUUAUAACAUAGCCAUGGCUGAAGAUGAUAAAAAACUAACAGCCUUCACCACACCCAUGGGGUUGUAUGAGUUUAACAGGCUGCCUCAGGGCCUCUGUAAUAGUCCUGCCAACUUCAUGCGCCUCAUGAUGAACAUCUUUGGGGAUCAGAACUUUUUGACCCUGCUUUGUUAUUUGGACGAUUUGCUUGUUUAUGCUCCCGAUGAGGCAGAAGCUCUGAGGAGGCUNAAACAGGAGUACGGCGCAGCUCCGAGACCUGGGGGCCGACUAAAUCAAGAAGAGCAUUAUUCUCUGAAGCAGACGAAAAGCCCGUGGGAACUCUAG